AAUCUGUUCAUCAAGCUAGCGUAAUGGCUGCCGGAAAGAUAGCAAAAUUUGGUAACCAUUUAAAAGAGCUUCGAAUCCAUCUCUGUCAAAAAUCGCCACAAAGUCAGGGUGUUAGGGAAUUUAUCGAAAAUCAUUAUGUGCCCUUGAAACAGGCCAACCCAAGGUUUCCCAUUUUAAUAAGAGAGUGCCAAGGUGUACAACCUGUACUUUAUGCAAGAUAUGAAUUUGGUAAAGAAUCAAGUAUGUCACUAGCCAGUAAAACAAAGGAUCAGAUCCUCCAAGAAAUACUAACUCUAGCUAAGGCCAAAUAGCAAUCAUAUGUCAACCACAUGCAGCAGUGACUUUCUGUUAAUUUCAAGUGAUGCCAUUCAGAUCUAUUUGGAAAAUAUUCAGCAGUUGGUUAUUUUUGAUGUAGUGGUCACACCUACAGGGGUAGUAUGUCUCUAUUCCUUUUCAAAGAAAAAUAAUUUGAGUGCAAACAGCAAUUUUUUGUUUUUGUUUGAAGCAACAGAAGAAGUGUGUUAGUUUCUAAAUGAAAUAAAGGGCCUUUUAAUGAGCACACAGAAUAAUUGUAUAUUGCAGGGGUAUACAUUGGACAUUUCUUAUAGUGGCAGUGUUUCAGCUGAAGUUGUUGAGUAAACGAACUCUGGUUCAGAAUGUUAUACUAGUAUAUCACCAAUGUAGAUAACAUGCUGUUUGAGUUUCAUAUGUGUGGCACAGCAUUUAUAUUGAUUCUUGAAUAAAUGUUUUGUUAUUAG